AUGUCUACAGCAAUUUAUUACAAUCACAAUAUGCACGGUGAUGAUUUACAAUCAGUUUCAGCAAGACACAAUAACACGUUACCUUCGCUAGCUCAAAUCAUGCCAACACACGCACAACAACAACUGCAGCAACAACUUCAAGACGGUAGUGCAAAUGCAGCAUCAGCUGCUGCUGGUGCAUCUCCUGUUGUUAAUGGUUUCUACCCACAACAACAAUCAUACGUACAGGACGCAUAUUCACAAGCUUCUACUUCACACACCACACCAUCUGCAUCAUAUGCCGACCAUGUAUCGACAAAAAAGUCUAAAAAUACUGGUAACUCGGCUCGUUCGUCAGUAUCUUCAUCUUCAGCUAACAAUGUUAAUGGUGGUGGUGCUCAAUGUAUAUGUAAAAACAAAAGCAACAAGAUCCCUCGUCCAAGAAAUGCGUUUAUAUUGUUUAGACAAAAAUACCAUCAAGCUAUAUUGGACGAAGGCACUGUUAUACGUUCCAACCCUGAAGUGUCUCGUGAAUUAGGUAGAAGAUGGAGAGCUUUACCACCAGCUGAAAAGGAACACUGGACAAAAUUAGCUGAAGAAGAGAAAAAGAACCAUGCUUUGAAAUACCCCAAUUACAAGUAUGAACCCAAAAGAAAUGGUAAAAAUAAGAAUUGUUUGGUCUGCAAAGAUAAACCAACAACUAAACAAAUUCAACAACAACAACAACAGCAACAAGCCCAAGCCAACCAAGCUAAUCAAGCCGCUGCUGCUAUCCAAGCUCAGCGUCACCAUUCCGAAGCUGCUCUCGCUGCUGCUGCCGCUCAACAACAAAUGUUGCAACACCAACAACAACAACAGCAACAGCAACAACAGGUUCAACAGCAACAGGUGCAAGCACAACAACAUGACCAAUACCAAAACUACUUUAAACAACAACAACAACAAUUGAACAAUUUACAAGGAUACCCAGGCUACAUUAUUUCCAAUAACCCAUAUUUACAAAACUCAGCAACCUCUUUGGCCUCUUCGUCAACGGGUAAUUUACCACUUCCAGGAAACACCACUACUAAUUCACAGUACUCGCAAAUCCCCAGCACUGCAGCCUCAUCAAUGGGAUUCUACGAUCAAGACAAAUUGUCACCCUUAUCAGCCACCUAUACCAACAACCCCAACAACACCCAAGUUGCUGGUGCUGCUGGAGCUGGCGCAGGUGCCACUACUGUUAUUGGAGCUAACGGUAACGUUGAAGUAAUUCAACCUUCAAAUGCAGCUGCUGCCGGAGGUAUCCACUACUCGAUGCUUCCUCAACAAGGACAACCUCAGUUACACCAUCCUGGUGUUGUUGCGGCAGCAGCAGGUGCUAACCCAGCUAUUGGUGCCACCGGUGAGUACCAGUUACAAGGUGGACAUCCACAACCACCUCAAGGAUACGGGUUGGAUGGAUUUCAUCAAUAG